AUGAACACACAGCUGCCAAUAAAAGAGUACGACACGUCCCUGGAGAAGCUGGAAAAAGAGAACUUUGAUUUGAAGCUGCAAAUAUCCCAUUUGAAGGCCAAGUUAAACGAGCUAACAAACUCCUCUCUCACUUUCAUUCCCACCUGCGACUGCAAAAGAACAAAAACAGAGACGAAGGAUGUCCUUACAGACGUGAAAAAAGAAGUAGAAAAAUUGCUGGAAAUAAAUGAAGAGGUGAAAAGCGAAAAUGCAGAGCUAAAAAACAGAAUAGAAGAAGUGUUCGAUGAAAACAGCUCGCUGAGAAAGGACUGCAUAAGACUGUCGCAGCACAUAAAAGAAAAAACAGCCCAAGAAGAAGAGACCAAACAGAUACUCAGCCAGAUGAGAGAGGAAAUAGAAACAGUGAAAGAAGAGCUAGAGGACAUGGAGAACAUAAAAAGAGAAAAAGCAAAAACAGAAGAAGAAUACGAGAGACUGAGCAGAGUGGCAAAGACCAUGGAGAAGGAGCAUAAGAGCGAGGUGGAUAGGAUGAAGAGCGCGAACACAAAGAUGCAGCAGCAGAAUGCACAGCUGCAGGAGAUUGCACACCAAAUGACGCAGCAGAUAGAAGAGUCUGCCAGGAGUAACCACCAACUCACAAACGAAAACCACAGCAUAUCAAACCAAAACCAAAAACUGACCCAGAAGAUAAACAGCUUAAACGGAAUACUGAAGAACCUCCAGGACCAGGUCGAAAUAAAAGCACAGGAAACAUACAAAACGAAGGAAAUAGGAGAAAGGCUGGUGCACGAAAUAAAAGCAAAAAAUAAACAGACACAGGCAGAGAAAGAAGAAAUGGAAAAAAGAGCAGAGGAAAUCAUAAAAGACAGAGAGGGGAAAAUAGCACAGCUCCAGAUGUCUCUGAAUAAAAUGAACACAGAAGUCCAGCACAACAACAUACAAAUCUCCAGAAUCCAAAAUGUGUUCAGCGAGUACAUAAAGUACAUCGCAGCCCUCACGGGAAGAGUGGCAAAUGUAUCCACGGAAAUAGAUAGAGCAAAGUCCAGCCAGAAAGCAUUCCAGGAAGAAAGAGAGAAAGUAAAAACAGACAGAACGAAAGAAGCGCUGGAAAUGGUAAAGAAAGAAAAAGACACGCUCGAGGGAAUAAUAAGAGAGGCAAAGAAAGAGAUAGAAAAAACAAAGUCGGAUAAAAACAAGCUGCUGGAGGAAAGAGAAGAUCUGAUAAACAGGCUGCACAUCACCCCAAGCACGCUGAAAAUAGCCCGAGAUCUGGGGGUAAAUGAAUUCACAACAAUAAACAACCUUUUUCUCACGUGGAAGGAGACAAAAGAAAGAGCAGAGCAGGAGGCCGCGCUGAAAAACAGAAGAGAGGAGGAAAAAAGAAACAGAAAGCUAGAAGAGUUCCAGACAAAGCUGCAGGCCGCCCUUUCAGAGCUGCACUUCUGCAGAAACUACCUGGAAGAAAAAAAGAACAUCAUCAAAGCCAUAAAAAAACAGAACAGCAACCCAUCGCUCUUCAAGAAGAUAGACAUAUCGAACGAAUAA